UCAAAAUCAAAAACAUAACAACGAAUAAUCGAAAUACAAAGAAAUCUCGAAUAAAAAUAAAUGACAAAUAAAUUUGGGAGUGCAGAAAAUCGAAUAAAAGAAGCAAAUACUUAAUCGAAAUUCAGGCGAUUGCCAACAAAAGUCACACAAAGGUAUGGUUUUAUGUUAAGUCCCAAGACAAAAGUAAAAACAGCAACUGAAGUAUUCUUCUGCAGUAUCAACAGCAACAGCAACAGCAAAAGAAACAGCAUAAUCAACAACAGCAACAACAGAAAGAGCCGUAAUAGAGCAGCAACACGAUGUCGCUUAAAUUGUUUCGACGCGGUUCAGCGCGCUGCCUUGGUUUACUGUCAGCAUUUGUCACAAUAUUGUUAUGUCUUUACUACAUUUCCAUGGGACAGCCAACCUUACAACCGAAAGACACAACAGCGACUAUAACAAUAAUUGGUGGCAGUGGAAGUACCAGCAGCAACGCUGGCAAUGCUAAUGGUGCCUUGUUACAUUUGCCACUGCAACAUUUUAAUAAAAAUAGUCCGCAUAAAAUUAAAAUUAAUGAUCAGGAAACAUUAGAGAAACAUAAAUAUGUCAUAUUACAACAAAAACAACAGCAACAAUUGUCCAGUGCUGUUGGGUCAAUAGCAGUGAGUAAUGAUGAUGAGACUGGCAUGGUGGUCGAUAAUCCAAACUGGGACGGUAAAUGUUAUAUUUUAAAUGAGAGCGUAACGAACAUAACCGCUGGUGAUGAAUAUCCAAAAUUUGAUUUUCAGCCGGAAUGGAUACGCACGAAAGAGUAUUGGGAUCGUGGCUUUGAGGAACGUUUCGAAGCACAAAAAAGUGAUAAGGAGCGACCAUCUUUAAAGAUAAUUGUGGUACCUCACUCUCACAAUGAUCCCGGCUGGUUAAAGACAUUUGUUAACUACUUUCAAGCUGAUUCACGUCAAAUACUCAAUUUGAUGGUCACCAAAAUGCAGGAGUACAAGGAAAUGACCUUUAUUUGGUCUGAAAUAAGUUUUCUACAAUUGUGGUGGGAUCAAGCGCAUCCCACUAAACAACGUGCGCUUAAACGUCUUAUUAACUCAGGACGUUUAGAAAUCACUACCGGUGGUUGGGUUAUGACUGAUGAAGCUAAUGUACACAUAUAUGCUAUGUUGGAUCAAUUAAUCGAAGGUCAUCAAUGGUUACGCAAUAAUUUGAAUGUGACGCCCACUGUCGGUUGGUCUAUUGAUCCAUUCGGACAUGGUAGCACAGUGCCUUACUUAUUGUCUGGUAGUAAUUUCGAGGGUGCAAUUAUACAACGUAUACACUAUGCUUGGAAGCAAUGGUUUGCUAGACAACAAAAUGGUGAUUUUAUAUGGACUCCGUAUUGGGAGAAACAAGGCGGCACUCAAUCAAACAAACAAGGUCAACUACUAAUGCAUAAUAUGCCUUUUGAUAUAUAUUCGAUAAAAGGUUCUUGUGGACCACAUCCCUAUAUAUGUUUAAAUUUCGAUUUUCGUAAAAUACCUGGAGAAUAUACAGAAUAUUCUGUGAAAGCAGAAUUUAUUACUGAUGAAAAUAUUGAGAAAAAGGCACAACUAUUACUGGAGCAGUAUGCGCGCACCGCGUCAUUAUUUCCACAUAAUGUGGCUCUAAUACCUGUUGGAGACGAUUUUCGUUAUAAUAAAGAACGAGAAGUUGAUCAGCAAUAUAUCAAUUAUAAAAAACUUAUUGAUCAUAUUAUGGACAAUAAGCGGUUAUAUAAUGUAGAUAUAUCUUUCGGAACUCCAAAAGAUUAUUUCAAUGAAAUUCGUAAGAGAUCUGAAUCAUUUCCUACAUUCAAAGGUGACUUUUUCGUGUAUUCCGAUAUAUUCUCUGAAGGACGCCCUGCUUAUUGGUCCGGUUAUUAUACAACUCGUCCAUUUUAUAAAAUAAUGAGCGCGGAUUUAGAACACAAUUUACGAGCUGCUGAAAUUUUAUUUACAAUAGCUUAUAACAAUGCUUUGAAAUUCCACCAUGAGAACGCUAUUAAAAUAUUUGAAAAGAAUUAUGAAAAAAUGAUAAAUGCACGCCGUAAUCUUGCUUUGUUUCAACAUCACGAUGCCAUAACUGGAACUUCAAAAGCAGCAGUGAUGCGUGACUAUGCUAUGCGUCUCUUCGAGAGCACACAGGAUGUGGUGAAAAUGCAAGAAUCCACUAUUGAAUUACUCAUACAGAAUGGUACAUCGCAUCAUAAUUUCUUAUUAAGCGAACUGGAACGUGAUAAUUUUAGUAAAUUGCCUAGAAAAACUCCAAUACCGCUGGGUAUAAAUAGCAUUGGUAGUGAUUUUGUAGAUAUUAAUUUAGGCUUAAAUGGUGAAAAAGCAAAAUCCACAUCAUUUGUGAUUUAUAAUUCAUUGGCACAGAAACGUUUGGAAGUCAUUACGUUACGUACGUUAGUGCCGAAUAUUAAGGUAUAUAAUGAGCUUGGAGCAGAACUGCGUCAUUUACAAAUAAAUCCUGUCUGGAAUAUAACUGAUCCAUAUGACUUGGGAAUAAAUACUGGUAGCAGCAGUGCGGGUCGUAUACGAGUCUCCACGCGUCAAUACGAAGUAAUGUUUGUGGCUCAACUUGAUGCAUUAUCACUUAAUACUUAUCGAGUUGAAAUAGAUGAAGUGAAUUAUAAACAUGCAAUGGCUACAAUUUAUUGUGACGAAUGCACCGAUACAACCACACCACCCAGUGUAACAACUAAUGGAGAGUUCACUGUGAAAUCUAAACCUGCAGGUGAUGUACAAUUGGAAAAUAAUCACAUGCGCUUACUUUUUGAUGAGAAAACUGGGUUUUUAAAAACUGUUACACGUAAAAAUAAGGAUCAAAAACUGUUGCAACCCAUGCAAUGUGCGAUUAAAUUUGCUGCUUAUCGCAGUGCACAAUUUCAUUCUGGCGCUUAUCUCUUCAAAACCGAUCCAGAACAAAGCGAACGUGAAAAGGAUCGUAAAACGAUUUAUGAUGAAUUGCCAAACAUUAGUGAAAAGACAGUUUGCUGUCAAACCAUAGUUAUCGAUAUCGAUUGUUUUCUUGCACCUAAAAAAUUAAGUUUAACGCGACCGGCAAUCUAUCCAUUUUCUUCAAGUCAGUAUCCCUACCCAAUCCUGAGUCCGGAUAUGUCGCAAGUAGCGUCGUGGCACACGCCAUCGGUGUAUUCCGCUGCAUCGACUUUUAGAAACCCAUAUCCAUCUUCGUUACCCAUUAAUACGACAAUACCAAGUGAUUUCCCGUUUCGAUUUUCGCCAAGUUUGAUGCCUUCAGUUCAUAGUUCACCUCAUCACGUGCUUAACUCGCAUCCUGCUGUCGUAACGCCUGGACCAAAGCAGGACUGUGGCCAGGAUUCGACGACGAAUCAUCGAUUUUCGAGCAAAAAAAAAGAACAAAUGUUAAUACUUCAGUUGAGAAAACUUAACGCAAUUAUCAUAUUACGUCCAAGUUUAGAUUUUUUAGUUCAGUUUUAG